GGUCAAACACAUUUUACAGCGAUAAGAAUGUUUUAUCUCUGACACCAACGCUCCGUGACUUUACAAUAACGUUUACUUUGGAAAGUAAUCCCGUCCAGACCAGAAAAUGCCAAUUGAUUUGUACUACAUGUCUAUGAGCGCUCCGUGCCGGGCUGUUUUACUAACGGCCAAAAUGGUGGGAGUUGAAAUCAAUUUGAAAACAAUCAACCUGAUGCAAGGUGAGCACAUGCAACCCGAAUUCCUCAAGAUCAAUCCGCAGCACACCGUUCCCUGUUUGGACGAUUCCGGAUUUGUCGUGACAGAAAGUCGUGCCAUUUGCGCAUACCUGGUUAACAAGUACGGUAAAAACGACAAGUUGUACCCGAAAGACCCAAAAGAUCGCGCCCUAGUCGAUCAGCGACUCUAUUUCGAUCUGGGAGUUUUCUACGCUUCAUUUGCCGACUUCUAUGUUCCGAUAAUGUUCCGCGGACAAACAUCGAUAGAUGCGAGCAAGAGAAAGAAAUGGGAUGAGGCUAUGAAUUAUUUCAACACGUUCCUGGCCGAUCAGGAUUACGCAGCUGGAAAUCACUUGACUAUUGCCGAUCUAUCGUUGAUUGCCAGCGCAUCCACUAUGGAGGCCUUAAUUCCAACCAUCUUCAACGAUUAUCCAAAAAUUAAAGAAUGGAUCGAGCGUUGCAAAAGCCAGAUUGCUGAUUAUCAUGACCUCAAUCAGGUGGGUGCAAACAUUUUUGGACAAAUGGGUCAAAGUGCUCUGGCAAAAAUUCAGUAAAAUUUGUUCUAUUUUAAAAUCUCUUGGUAUCAUUACCAAGCGAAAUUAAUAUUGCAUCAAUUGUUUACCGACACGUUGUGUCAUGUAUCAAGAAAAAAAUAAUAAUUCGAUAAAGAUGAAAUAAAUAUCUAAAAAACA